ACUCUUUCCAACGGUUCGUCGUGUUGGUUUCGUUUGUCGUUGAUGAUGCUUCCUGCCAUUGUUCGUCCCAUGUUCUCGCGGCCCCUUGCAAAGGGUAUCCGUCCAACUCGCGCAUUCUCCUCCACGUCGGUUGCAUUCAGUCAAACCAACUAUGAAUUCAUCCUGACAGAGACAAAGGGCCGUGUUGGAAUUGUCACUCUCAACCGCCGAAAGGCCUUGAACGCUCUCUCCACGCCGCUCAUGACCGAAUUGAACGCGGCUUUGAAAGUCUUUGACAAGGACGAAAACAUUGGUGCCAUGGUCAUCACGGGCAGUGAAAAGGCAUUUGCUGCGGGUGCGGAUAUCAAGGAAAUGAGCAAAUUGAACUUUGUGGACAACUUUAAAAACAACUUUAUUGAAGACUGGACUGGUGUCACAAAGAUCCGCAAGCCCAUUAUUGCGGCUGUCAAUGGAUUUGCUUUGGGUGGUGGAUGCGAGCUGGCCAUGAUGUGCGACAUUAUCUACGCUGGCGAAGGAGCGACAUUUGGCCAACCUGAAAUCAAGCUCGGUAUUAUUCCCGGUGCCGGUGGUACACAGCGUCUCACCCAAGCCGUUGGCAAAGCCAAGGCCAUGCACCUUAAUUUGACCGGCGAUUUCAUUUCGGCUGCCGAGGCCGAGAAGGCUGGAUUGGUAGCAAAGAUAUACCCUGCUGAUCAACUUGUCGCGGAGGCCAUCAAGAAUGCUGAAAAGAUUGCCUCGUACUCUCUUCCGAGUGUAUUGAUGGCCAAGGAACUUGUGAACAAGUCAUUCGAGCUCCCAUUGUCGGAAGGUUUGCAUCUCGAACGGAGAUUGUUCCACAGCUUGUUUGCAACGGAGGACCAAAAGGAGGGUAUGAACGCUUUUGCCGAAAAGCGUGCCCCCAAUUUCAAGCACAAAUAAAUACCAACCAGUCUAUGGGCAUACUUUGCUCUUUUCACUAUAAUAAACAAGAGUAUUUUCAUCUCACUUUAAACUUGA